AUUCAACGAGUUGUCAUAAGUCGGCAAACAGUGGACAGUAAAUUGUUGAAAUUUAUCUUAUCAAGUUUUCUUGCUGGCGCGAAAUAUGGCUCCCACACCGAUGUAUGACGACAGUGUAGCUAAUACCAACAAUAAGAAUGCAAGCGGGAGUAAGGUUAAGCUUUUUCCGUACAAAAUUCAGCCGGUUGAGGGAAAUAAUGGAAAGAAAAUGUUGGAUUUGUUCAAAGGAGAGAAAACCAAAUAUCUGCAAGUAGGUCCGAAGAAAUGGAUAUACCCCAGCGGUUACGAGAGACAAGCACAUGAUUUCUAUAAUUUCGUUGCAAGGCCAAGCGAUGUUUUUAUCGUAACGUUUCCUAGGUCAGGUACAACCUGGACUCAAGAAAUGGUAUGGCUAUUAACUAACAAUUUAGAUUAUAAGAAAGCAAGUCAAGUGAAUCUAAGAGAGAGGUUUCCAUUUUUAGAAUUUAGUUGCAUUGUACACCCCGAAAUGAAAGCUACGUUUUUAAAAGAAAAUCAGCAUUUCCCGGAAAAGCUUCAAAUAAUUCAAGGCCUGGACCGUGGGAUAGUAGAAGAUUUAAACAAUAUGAAGGGAAGAAGAUUUAUUAAAACUCACAAUCCUUUUAGUCUGAUGCCGCCCAAUCUAUUGGACGUAGGUUGUAAGAUCAUAUACGUUGCAAGAAAUCCUAAAGAUGUGGCAGUGUCUUUUUACCACUUGUGUAAAACCCACAGGGUUCAAGGUUAUGUUGGAGACUUUCCACAAUUUUGGAGGAACUUUCAAGACGGACUUGUUCCAUGGGCGCCAUAUUGGGAACACAUUAAGGAAGGUUGGAAUAGAAGACACGAAGAAAAUAUGCUGUUUCUCUUCUAUGAAGACUUGAAAAAGAAUUUACGACCUAGUUUAAAGAAACUAUCUUCAUUUUUGGAACAGAGUUAUUCAGAAGAGGAGUACGAGAUACUGGAAGAACAUUUAAGCAUAGAUAAUUUCAGAAAUAACAAAUCAGUAAACGCCGAGGAUAACAAAGACAUAGGAGUGGUUAGCAACGCUGAAGCAAGCUUCAUAAGAAAAGGUGUUGUUGGAGGAUGGAGUUCAUAUUUUGAUGAUGAACUGAAUGCCGAAGCUGAUAGGUGGAUAGAAGAGAAUUUGAGUACUUUUGAUUUAAGGUUUCCUAGUUAAUGAAAUAAACAAAUGUUAAGG